UAGGAUUUUAAAUUCUGGUUUUGUGUUGCAUUCAAAUAUGAAAAUAAUUCGAAACAAAGAACUAAUCGGAAUGGCUCCCAAAUUCAGUUGUUUCAAACAUGAAAAGAAGAUUCAGAGAACGAGAGAGAAUGCAUAAUGUCAAGUUCAAGUUGAAGUUCAAGACUGACAUAAGAAGUUCACCUUCAUCUCAAGUUUCAGUGUACGCUCUUUCUUCUCUGUUUUCCCCUUCAAUUCGUCUUCCUGCGUAAACUUAUGCAACGGAAUUAAGUUUACAGUUUCUCAACUACUAUUUGCAAAUGAUCAAAUGGAGGGUGCUUUUUUUGGGGGGUGGCAUGUUGGAUUUAUAGAAUUCCCCCUGAUAAUGGAAACUCGAUAGUAGUUUCUUCAAUGAGCAAAUAGAUUGUAUACUAUUGUGUGCGCAAUGAAUUUUCCUCACCUUCAUUCUUUACGGACCGUUCUUCGCAAACCUCUGAAACCCUUUAUUGUUAACACAUCGGUCAAAUAUAUAAGCAACCUACGACCCAAUGAUGUUUCUGGGUUUAUACUUGAUAGCAGUAGCAACCCUUCAUCCAUAUCCUAUCCAAAGCUUUUAUUACAGUUUACUGCUUCCAAGGAUGUAAGUUCAGGCAUGGCAAUUCAUGCUCGUAUCAUCAGGUUGGGAUUGUUAGGGCUAAGGAACCGAUUAGUAAACUUAUACUCGAAAUGUCAGUGUUUUCGAGUUGCCCGGAAACUUGUUAUAGAUAGUUCCGAGCCAGAUUUAGUUUCUUGGUCUGCUUUGAUAUCUGGGUAUGUUCAGAAUGGGCGUGGUGAAGAAGCCCUUUUGACCUAUUAUGAAAUGUAUUUAUUGGGAGCGAAGGGUAAUGAGUUCACUUUCUCUAGUGUUUUAAAAGGGUGCUCUUUGACAAGGAACUUGGAACUGGGGAAGCAGAUUCAUAGGGUUGCCUUAGUGACAGGUUUUGAGUCUGAUGUGUUUGUUGCCAACACUUUGGUUGUUAUGUAUGCUAAAUGCGGGGAGUUUGGUGAUUCGAAGAAGCUAUUUGAGGCAAUUCCAGAACGAAAUGUUGUGUCGUGGAAUGCUUUGUUUUCUUGUUAUGUGCAGAUUGAUUUCUUUGGAGAGGCAAUAAAUUUGUUUCAAGAAAUGAUUUCUACUGGUAUUAGUCCUAAUGAAUUUAGUCUCUCCACUGUAUUAAAUGCUUGUGCUGGUUUGGAGGAUGAAAAUUAUGGAAUGAAAGUUCAUGGGUAUUUGAUAAAGCUUGGAUAUGAUUCUGACCCAUUUUCUGCAAAUGCACUUCUUGACAUGUAUGCAAAAUCUGGGUGUCCUGAGGCUGCAAUAGCUGUGUUUUAUGAAAUUCCAAAACCCGAUAUCGUUUCGUGGAAUGCUGUAAUAGCUGGUUGUGUUCUUCAUGAGAAGAAUGAUUUAGCUCUUAAAUUGUUAGGGAAAAUGGGAAGCUAUAGAGUGGCUCCUAGUAUGUUUACUCUAUCGAGUGCUCUUAAAGCUUGUGCUGCGAUAGGGCUUGUAAAAUUAGGCAGGCAGUUGCACUCUGCCUUGAUGAAGAUGGAUAUGGAACCAGAUUCAUUUGUAGGUGUUGGAUUGAUAGAUAUGUAUUCCAAGUGUGGUUUGCUGCAAGAUGCAAGGAUGGUGUUUGAUUUAAUGCCAAAAAAGGACGUGAUUGUAUGGAAUUCUAUUAUUUCUGGUUACUCCAAUUGUGGGUAUGACAUAGAAGCUAUGUCGCUCUUCACAAAUAUGUAUAAAGAAGGUUUAGAAUUCAACCAGACCACAUUGUCAACAAUCCUCAAAUCUACAGCUGGUUCUCAGGCCAAUGGGUUCUGUGAACAAGUUCACACAAUAUCGAUCAAAUCUGGUUAUCAAUAUGAUGGUUAUGUAGCAAAUAGCCUCCUUGAUUCAUAUGGAAAAUGUUGUCUAUUAGAAGAUGCAGCAAAAGUUUUUGAAGUGUGUCCUGCUGAGGAUUUGGUGGCGUAUACAUCAAUGAUUACAGCUUAUUCCCAAUAUGGCCUGGGCGAAGAGGCUCUAAAGAUGUACUUGCGAAUGCAAGAUAGAGAUAUAAAGCCCGAUGCAUUCAUCUUCAGUUCUCUUUUCAAUGCAUGUGCGAAUUUGUCAGCAUACGAGCAAGGAAAACAAAUCCAUGUCCAUGUCCUGAAAUGUGGAUUGCUAUCAGACGUUUUUGCUGGAAAUUCACUUGUUAAUAUGUAUGCCAAAUGUGGAAGUAUAGAUGAUGCUAGCUGCAUUUUCAAUGAGAUAUCUUGGAGGGGAAUUGUAUCUUGGUCAGCAAUGAUUGGUGGACUUGCUCAACACGGCCAUGGAAGAAAAGCCCUCCAACUGUUCUAUCAGAUGCUCAAAAAUGGUAUUCUUCCAAAUCACAUAACCUUGGUCAGUGUCCUUUCUGCUUGCAAUCAUGCUGGUUUAGUAACUGAGGCUCGCAGAUUUUUUGGAUUAAUGGAAAAAUUGUUUGGAAUUACACCGACCCAAGAGCAUUAUGCUUGCAUGGUUGAUAUCUUGGGUCGAGUUGGGAGAUUGGAUGAGGCAAUGGUACUUGUAAAAGAGAUGCCAUUUCAAGCCAGUGCUGCUGUUUGGGGGGCACUGCUAGGUGCUGCAAGGAUUCAUAAAAAUAUUGAGCUUGGUAGACAUGCUGCUGAGAUGCUGUUAACUCUUGAACCUGAAAAAUCAGGAACCCAUAUACUCCUAGCAAACAUUUAUGCAUCCACAGGAAUGUGGGAUAAUGUUGCAAAGGUAAGAAGAUCGAUGAAAAACAGCUUAGUGAAGAAGGAACCGGGGAUGAGUUGGAUUGAGCUGAAAGAUAAGGUGUACACUUUUAUUGUUGGAGAUAGAAGCCACCCUAGAAGUAAAGAAAUAUACGUAAAACUUGAUGAUUUGCGGGAACGUUUGACUAGUGCAGGUUAUGUUCCCAUGAUUGAGACUGAUCUACAUGAUGUGGAGCAAAUUGAAAAAGAACAACUUCUAUGGCACCACAGUGAGAAACUCGCUGUGGCUUUUGGGUUGAUUGCAACUCCACCAGGGGCUCCAAUUCGAGUUAAGAAGAACUUGAGAGUAUGUAUUGACUGUCAUACUGCAUUCAAAUUCAUAAGCAAAGUUGCUUCACGUGAGAUUAUUGUAAGAGACAUAAAUAGAUUCCACCAUUUCAGAGAUGGUUCUUGCUCUUGUGGUGAUUAUUGGUAACUUUCUUCUAUUAUUCAUAGAACACAUGUACACUUAAUACAUUUUUGUGGUGAGAUUCGUAGGAAGCAUUUUCAGGCAUUUCCAGAGCAUGUAACUUUUUUUUUUUAAAAAAAAAAAAAGGAAUCCGGAGCAUGUAAUUAUUAGGAAAUGAUUUAUUUGUUUUUGUUCAUUCUUUUAGUCAAAUAUGAACUAGAACGAGAGAAAUUUGAUACCUA